AUGGCAACCCACCCCAACCCAGAUAGCCCUCGCGACGUCAACACGGCAACGACCCAGCACGACAGCGACACCGGGACCAGGCGGUCCGACCUGGAAGAGAAACCUGCCCCGGCUCGGCCUCUGGCGCCCUCUGGCGCCGCCCCAGAUAGCCCUCCCAAUGGCGGCCUGGUCGCGUGGCUCCAGGUCGUCGGCGGCUUCCUGAUCUACUUCAGCACCUGGGGCCUGAUCAGCGCAUUCCCGGUGUUGCAAACCUACUACGAGUCUGGCACACUGUUUGAGGCCUCGUCAUCCAACAUCUCCUGGAUCGGCUCGAUCCAGUCCUUCCUGCUCCAGCUGACCGGCGUCCUCUCGGGCCCGAUCUACGACCGCGGCUACAUGCGGGCGCUGCUCCUCGCCGGCAGCUUCCUGAUCGUCUUCGGCCUCAUGAUGCUCUCGCUCUGCACGCAGUACUGGCAGGCGCUGCUCUCGCAGGCCCUCUGUAUCGGCAUCGGCGCGGGGCUGCUGUUCGUGCCGACCGUGUCGCUGAUCCCGACCUGGUUCGGCACGCGCGUCGGCCUCGCCGUCGGCAUCGCCGCCUCGGGCUCCUCCAUCGGCGGCGUCGUCUACCCGGUCGUGCUCUCGCGCCUGCUCGCGCAGCCGCGCGCCGCCGUGGACUGGUCGGCCUUCCGCGACGUGCCCUUCAUGCUCUUCACGCUCGCCGUCUUCCUCGUCUUCGUCGGCCAGACCGUCCUGCUGUUCUACGUCUCCUUCUACCCGGCCGACCGCGGCCUGACCGACACGUCGCUGGCCUUCUACAACGCGGCCGUGUUCAACGCGGCCUCCACGCUGGGGCGCAUCCUACCCAAUGCGCUGUCCGACCGCAUCGGCGUCUUCAACACCAUCGCGCCGCUGAGCCUGCUGCUGGGCGCGACGCUGUUCUGCCUCCUCGCCGUGCGCAACGCCGCCGGCGUCGUCGUCAUGGCCGUGGUCACGGGCUUUACCAGCGGCGUGGUCAUCGCCCUGCCCCCCGUGUGCUUCCGCUUGCUGACCGCGAACAAGGCCAUGAUCGGCACCCGCGUCGGGCAGGGGUUUGCCAUGAUCAGCUUUGCUUUGCUGCUAGCUGGGCCGAGCGCCGGCGCCAUUCUUGGGAGUGCCGGACAGCGGAAUUGGACGGGCCUGUGGGUGUAUGCGGCUGCCACGGGAACGUUACAGGCGGCCAUCGACGAAGCGACGCACAUGUCCAAUACGGCCAACCAGAAGUACCCGCCCGCGGCAACUGUCAUGGCCGGCUCCAUCAGCCAGCUGGUGGGACCCGAGAACGAGCAGGACGACGGCCGGAUUCCCAACUUCCCCCCCGACAAGGUCAACGUCGACUGCAACUGCGGCGAUCUGCUCAGCAAUGGCACGCUGAUAGUCACGCCCAGCCACUAUCUGUACGAGCAGGUCUCGACGGAUGGACCGCAGUGA